AUGGGGCAUGGUCCAAAGUGGCGCCGCGAUGAGGACGAGGCAUUAGCUGCUGCGUAUGCGGCGGAGGUGGAGACGGCGCGGACGGAGGGGAGUGCGACUCUGUGGGAUGCCGUGCACGACCAGCUCAAGACAGCGAGAAGUGCACGCGCCUUGCAGAACCGGUGGUUUAUCAUCGCGAAGGACGUCGCGACGUUCGUCGAGUGCUUGGCAGGCGAGGCGGGGGAGGAGGAGGAGGAGGAGAGUGAGGCCGCUAUCGAGAGAGCGCUGGCGACGUUUAGAGAGGUGACAGACCGAGACUUUGAGUUCCUGGGCUGCUGGAGAUGCGCCAGGAACUGCCCAAAGUUCUCUUCCACGCAGCAGCAGCAGCAGCAACAACAACAACAACAGGGCCAGAGGCGGAGCGUGUGGACGGCAGUUCAAGCCGAACGGACUGCCAGUAGCAGUAGAGCAGCUGCCGCUCCAACGGAGACUCAACAGCAGACUCGAGUUGCCACGACCAACCUACGUGCUGGCGCGACUGCUACUACUGGUGUUACCAUUGCUCCUACCACUGCAAGAGCCACGACCACCACCACCGCUGCAGUCCGAGAGGCCAGGGAGGUUGUCGCCUUAAGGCCGACCCCGUCGCUGGCGCCUUCGCUGUCAAUGGACUUGGUGCUGAUGCAGCAGCAGCAACAGCUGGCGAGUGAGUUGAAGCGCAAGAACGACCUGCAGGAGGACGAAAUGGCCAUGAGACUGUUUGGCGAGGAGCGGCAGUCAGAGGAGUCGAUAAGGUUCUUUACGUUGCUCAAGAGGAAGAAGCUGCUGCUGCUGGAGAGGGAGGUCGACGAACUGGAGCGGGCUCAGCAACGACGCAGAUUGAGCUAG